AUGUCCUGUGAUAGUGGAGAAAUCGUUGGGCAUCCAAUGCAUAACCUCUGUGGACAGGUUCAAGGCUCCACUUCCCAGCUCAGCAGUCUAAAUGGAAACAGGAAAUCUGCAGCAUGGCUGGAAGUCAGGGGGAGCUCAAGCAGUAUGCAGUAUUCUUCUGUGGCACUGGAUCCAGAAACCCCAGUGAAUGAUGUAGCUGGGAUUCCUUGCAAUCCUGAGGAAGGCACAAAGGCUGCAGCCCUGGCAGACAGCAGAGUCCGCAGGGCCUGUACAACCGUGUUUUUCCACAGGCGCUAUUUAACUAAAACUAGUACGCAGGGAGAUGUCUACAACUUCCUGGAGAGGCCCAGUGGAUGGAAGUGUUUCCUCUAUCAUUUUACUGUAUUUCUCUUGGUGCUGAUUUGUUUAAUAUUCAGUGUAUUGUCUACUAUAGAGCAUUAUUCUGAGUUUGCCACAGGAACCCUUUUCUGGAUGGAGAUAGUUCUGGUUGUGUUUUUUGGUGCUGAAUAUGUGGUCCGAUUGUGGUCUGCAGGCUGCAGGAGUAAGUAUGUUGGCUUCCAGGGAAGAAUACGCUUUGCCAGAAAGCCAAUAUCAAUUAUCGAUCUAAUUGUAGUGGUCGCCUCAAUUAUUGUUCUGAGCAUAGGAUCAAAUGGACAGGUGUUUGCCACCUCUGCAAUAAGGGGGAUCCGGUUUCUCCAGAUACUUCGCAUGCUUCAUGUAGACAGACAGGGUGGCACCUGGCGACUGUUGGGAUCAGUUGUCUUCAUACAUCGUCAGGAACUCAUAACUACGUUGUACAUUGGAUUCUUGGGAUUAAUUUUUUCAUCCUAUUUUGUUUAUCUUGCUGAGAAGGAUGCAGUUGAUGAGGAUGGAAAGACAGGUUUCUCCAGCUAUGCUGAUGCCCUUUGGUGGGGUGUGGUAACAGUCACAACAAUUGGUUAUGGAGACAAAGUUCCCCAGACUUGGAUUGGGAAGACAGUAGCUUCCUGCUUUUCUGUAUUUGCUAUAUCUUUUUUUGCUCUGCCAGCGGGUAUUUUGGGGUCUGGCUUUGCCUUGAAAGUACAGCAGAAGCAACGUCAGAAGCACUUCAACAGACAAAUCCCAGCUGCAGCAUCUCUAAUCCAGACUCUAUGGCGGUGCUAUGCAGCAGAGAAAUCCUGUAAUUCUACAGCAACAUGGAAGAUCUAUGUUACAUCACUGGUGCAAAAUCCCAAAAAACCACCAGCGCCAUCUAGCCCUAGUCUGAAGAAACAGGCUAGAAGAUCCAAAAGAAAAGGAAAACUAGGCUGUGGUAGCAGUUCUGCACCUGUAAUAAACCCAGGAGAGAAUGCCUUGUCUGUUCCACAGAUCACCUGUGACCACAUUGAUGAACAGGAAAGCAAAAAAGAUGUGUCAUUCUACAUUGAUGAACCAGGAGUGAAAAGACGCUUAGAAGGGAAUAGCCAAGAAAUGUCACGGGCCAACAGCUUCACUGAUGACAUGGACCUUAUAUCAGAAGAGUCACUGCUGCCAGCAGUAUCCAAUGUGACACAUCGUUCUAUAACGAUAUUAACUGAAACACAUCGAACAGCUGUAAAAGUCAUCAGGAGAAUGCAGUAUUUUGUAGCCAGAAGAAAAUUUCAGCAAGCUCGGAAACCGUACGACGUGCGCGAUGUGAUUGAGCAGUACUCACAAGGACACCUCAGUAUGAUGGUUCGGAUAAAAGAACUUCAAAGAAGAUUGGACCAUUCUUUGGGAAAGCCAGGCCUUUUCCUCCCAGAAAAAGGGGUAGACAAAGGAUACUAUACUGUAGGAGCCAGACUGAUCCGGCUAGAGGAUAAGGUCAUGCAGAUGGACCAAAAGCUAGAUGACAUCCUGAACACACUCCAGGCUCAUUUCAGGGAUCCACAGGCACAGACGUCAGGGCCUGCCACCCCACCUGACAGACAGCUACAGGCAACCUCAGAUUCCCCCCCAGUGAUCCGGAAAAUUGGACAGCCAGAGGACAGCCACAUGCCACCGUCUCAUUCUUUUCCAUCCAGUUAUUUUGAAGCCUUGGUGUUUCAGGAUUCAUCUGUGUCAUGGGUGAAAUGA